UUUGCGGCAAGUCAGCAGGCGCUUUCCAUCGUAAAUGUUGCGCCGGGUGGGGUUGCAUUGUUCGGAGUCAACUGUCGACGACGUUUUGGCAGUGUUCGCGGCCAAUCGAUGGACUGAGUCGAUUAGGUUCGUUUGAACGCUCGGCACCUUCUGCCUGCCGUCUGGACCCCGGGGGUUUCCGCGGAGGUUUAGAGCCAAGGGUGGAUUGAACAUUCGAACGCGCGCUCUUCUGCAGCGAGCGGUGAAUGUUCUGGUUGUUGAAGAGCGGGCGGGUGGCAGUCCGGGACAAGGUCGGAUUCUAUCUCUCGCACUGUCUGUGGAGAGGCGCGAGGAAUCCCUCGGUUUUUGAAACCUACAGCUUUCGAUGGUCGAACUUGCACGAUAAGCAGCUCCCUCUUCCUGUUCUGCCGGCUCCGCAUGUAGCAUUGGUCCCGGGAUCCUCGUGUUCGCCCCAUUUCUCACGUCAGCCUCGUCCGAGUUUAUCAGCUAUGGGCGGGGAUCUGACAGAUUCGAAGGUCACUGAAAAUGGCUCUCCUGCCCCCGUCGAGAGCGUCCCAGUCAAAGGGAUUAGAUCUGACUCAGGUCAGACGUACUCGAUUUUGCGAGAGGGAGAGGCCGACAUUCUUCUUCAUGGGAAUGAUGUAUUUUACAAUAAAGCUCAGGUAGUGAAUCGGGACAUUUCAAUCGCCGUCAUCCGAGCGUUCGUAUCGAAAAGAGAACAGGAACACCAAGCGGAAGUUGCGAAAAAGCUGAGUCGGCGUAAGGGAGCAUCCAAAACCUUUGGUGCUCCUGAUUCUACAGUAGAAAACUCUGUGUCUGUGGAAGCUCAAGGUGACGAAGCCAAUGACGUGACUGAAUCUGCUGAAGUCAAAACAAUUACGAAUGCAAGCGAGGAGUUUGUCACUGAGAACACACCUGCUAAGCCUAUACGCGUCCUUGAGGCGCUAGCAGCAUCGGGGCUGCGGGCUCUUCGAUAUGCGAAGGAGAUAGAAGGGCUGGGUUCUAUUGUUGCUACCGACAAUGACAAAGUGGCAGUAGAGGCCUGCGAGCGAAACAUCAAGUUGAACGGCCCAGUUGUUGCUGCGAAAGUGGAAGCAAAGCACGCAGACGCCAGGGUUUAUAUGCUGACCCACGAGAAAGAGUUUGAUGUGGUGGAUCUCGACCCUUACGGUUCUCCGUCAGUCUUCCUAGAUUCAGCGGUGCAGACAAUUGCCGAUGGCGGCCUGCUACUCUGCACAGCAACGGAUAUGGCUGUUCUUUGUGGCAACAACGGAGAAGUCUGCUACUCCAAGUAUGGCUCCUAUCCACUGAGGGGAAAGUACUGCCACGAAAUGGCUCUGAGAAUUUUGCUUGCCUGCAUCGAGAGUCACGCAAACCGCUACAAACGCUACAUUGUACCAAUUGUUUCCCUUUCUAUUGAUUUUUACGUCCGUGUCUUCGUACGGGUGUAUACCUCGGCAAACACAAUCAAGGCUACACCCAGCAAGUUGACUCAUAUCUAUCAGUGCGUUGGUUGUGACUCGUACUACUUCCAGCCUGUGGGUCGCAUCACUAACAAGACUAACAAGAACAACAGUGCGCGUUAUAUGCCAGCCAUUGGGCCUACGAUACUUCCAGAGUGCAGUCAGUGUAAAAAGCACUUCAGUAUGGGUGGACCCAUGUGGGCAGCUCCAAUCCACGACGCGGACUGGAUCUCCACCAUCCUCAAUAUGGCAACCUCCAUGAAGGCCAAAUAUCCUGCGUUCGAUAAACUUCACAGUAUCUUAACUGCCGUGUCAGAGGAAAUUUUGGAUGUCCCUUUAUACGUCAAUCUACACAAUAUGAGUGCUACUUUGAAAUGCACUCCCCCAUCGGCGGCCAUUUUCCGCUCCGCCGUAGCCAAUGCAGGUUACCGAAUAUCCGGAUCUCAUGCAAAUCCGCUCGGCUUGAAAACUGAUGCGCCAAUGGAGGUUCUGUGGGAUAUCAUGCGUUGUUGGGUGAAAGAACACCCUGUGAAAGCUCAAGCGACGGCAACCCCUGGCUCUGUCAUUUUAAGCAAAGAGCCGGAAUUACAGGCAAACUUCACCAAAGUCAACGCUGCAUUAAGCAAGGCCCAAGCAAAAGGUGUAGCUCGUUUUCUACCCAAUCCAGAAGAGUACUGGGGCCCCAAGCCCCGGGCUGGACGACAUAUCACCAAUAAGCACAUGGCAGCUCUUGGACCCCACGUACACCAAACGCAGUCAGGAAAUGUGCACAUUAGACAAGAUCAGAUGACGUCAUCUGAGAGAAGAAUGGUGGGCGAGUGAUUUGACUGCUUUGUAACUGGUUUGAGGAGUGAUUAGUGUGGCCUGGAGAUGUUGAUUGGGUCGUGGCGUCCAUCAGCCGAGAGGGUGAAUUUCUUGAUUCUUGUUCUUGAAUUGAUAUCAAAUCGACAUCAAGACAAAAACCCCGAAUCAAAUUAGUCAAGAGGUAACAUGAAAAGAGAACCCUUCCCAACGAUCUCAAUGCAUUCAAAGAUCUUUGACGGUGUGGUUCCGGCAAGAGUAUUGAAGCUUGUAGAAUAAGUUCUUAAGUUCUGUUAGCAUCCAGAGCCGAUCCAUCCAAUGAAUAACGUCGGUGCCCAAUUCGUGGAUAAGGUCACUGGUUGCUAGAUGCAAAAAACAAGCAAUCCCAUAUGGUCAUUAAAAACGCCAAAUAAGGGUAGUCGUUAAAGAAUGCCAGUCAAGGGUGUGUUUAAUAUAUCAUGUGUAGGAAAAAUGUUACGAAAAACCCUGAGGGCAAUGAUCUCAAUUCGACGCUGUCAACAAUGAGUAGUAAUUUCCUUCAUCAAAGUUACAUGUUCCACUAAUAGAGUGGAAUUGAGGGCGUCCCUAAUACUAGAAUGAAAUCAUACUUGUAUUCAUAUCCUUGCACAACAUGAACUGCAAUCCCGGUGUAUUCUAUCCCAUCAAUGAGGAUGUUCUCAAAAUCUGUGAAUUGACAAGCCUUCUUAACUUUGACAACGA